ACCGCAGCGUCUGUCUCCUUUUGCAGCAUUGCCUGCGCACCAUGAUCCUGGCCGUGAGCCCCCGCUGCUCCCUUCUGGGGAUGCUGCUGUGCCUCCUGGGCAUCUCCUGCCAGGCGCAGGCUGGCACGGACCUCUCGCCGCAGCCGGCCGUCACCGCAGCCUCCUUCCUGCAGGCGCUCCUGCGCCGGUACGGCGAGAGCGAGGCGCUGACCCUGCCGCAGCUCAAGGCCCUGCUGGACCGCCUCGACGUGGGGGUGGGGCACGAGAACAUCUCCCGGUCGGAGCCGCAGCGCAGGAACCUCUCCCGGUGCUUCAGCUCCUCGGAGCUCUUCUCCGCCCAUAACCUGAGUGAGGGGGCCCGUCUCGGCCCGCGCGAGUUCCAGGAGUUCUGCCCGGCCAUCCUGCAGCAGCUGGAGUCUCAGGCGUGCACGGCGGAGAACCUGGAGAACGAGGAGAAUGAGCAGACGGAGGAGGGGAAGCCCAGCUCGGCAGAAGUCUGGGGUUACGGUUUCCUCUGCGUGACCGUCAUCUCCCUCUGCUCCCUGGUGGGAGCCAGCGUGGUGCCCUUCAUGAAGAAGACCUUUUACAAGCGGCUGCUCCUCUUCUUCAUUGCCCUAGCGAUCGGAACUCUCUACUCCAAUGCCCUCUUCCAGCUCAUCCCCGAGGCCUUUGGAUUUAACCCUCAAGAGGAUUAUUAUGUUUCCAAAUCUGCAGUGGUCUUUGGAGGGUUUUAUUUGUUCUUCUUCACAGAAAAAAUCCUGAAGAUGCUUCUCAAGCAGAAAGACCAGCACCAUCAUGGGCACAGCCACUACAGCCCGGAGACUCUCCCCUCCAAGAAGGACCAGGAGGAAGGGGUCACUGAAAAACUGCAGAAUGGGGACAUGGAUCAUAUGAUCCCUCACAGGAACAGUGAGCUAGAGUGCAAGAGCCCUCCAGUGGAUGAGAAGGUCAUUGUGGGCUCCCUGUCUAUCCAGGACCUGCAGGCUUCCCAGAGUGCGUGCUACUGGCUGAAAGGGGUGCGAUACUCCGACAUUGGCACGCUGGCCUGGAUGAUCACCCUGAGUGACGGCCUCCACAAUUUCAUCGAUGGCUUGGCCAUCGGCGCCUCUUUCACCGUGUCGGUCUUCCAAGGGAUCAGCACUUCUGUGGCCAUUCUCUGCGAGGAGUUUCCCCACGAGCUGGGUACUUUGGCCUGGCGGCUGUGCACCUUACCUGCAUGUGGUCCCGACCCAGGGAAGAAUUUAUGCAUGUGCUUAAAUCUUUCUCAAGGAGAGAGUUUAAAGCACUUGUUUAAAUUGAACCCACUUCACCAUUUUCUUCUAACCUUCAACCAAAUGUACCAACAGCUCAGUCACUUACAGAGAAGCAUGUGGUGGAGGGCGGUACGAGAAGCAAUACCAACCGGGCUAGACAAGCUGUUAAAUCACAUUGUGUUAUCUGUUCUGAAAAUUCCUGGUGUUUGUGUGAUUAAAGUUAGAUUGAGAGACAUCUGCCAGCAGCCCCUCUUCUUCAACUUCAUCUCGGCCUGCUGCUGCUACCUAGGACUGGCCUUUGGGAUCCUGGCUGGCAGCCACUUUUCUGCCAACUGGAUCUUUGCUCUCGCUGGCGGGAUGUUCCUCUACAUUGCACUGGCUGAUAUGUUCCCGGAGAUGAACGAAGUGAGCCAGGAGGACGAGCGGAACGGCAGCGCCUUGAUUGCCUUCGCUAUCCAGAACGCAGGGCUGCUGACGGGAUUCAUCAUCAUGUUGCUGCUCACCAUGUUCUCAGGCCAGAUCCAGAUAGGGUAGGACGGGCCUGGCUUGGCUGGGCUUUCCCACCUGCGGGAAGGAGGGCAGCUGUACGAGGCAUCAGCAUUGCAAAAACACUGCGGAAAAGAGGCAUUACGACUAAAACUCUUCCAUAGACUCUGUAUCAUUUAUUUUUGGGGGGGCUGAUGAAGCUCCUUGCCCUCGAUCUAAAGUGAUCCAAGGACUUGUUUCCAGUGUAGCAACCCUUCCUCUCCUCUCCGGCACCCGAGGGACUCCUGGGAACAAUGCACAUGAGGAUCAGGAAAACGGGCUCCCUGGCUCCUUUUUGGCUGCAUCACCCACUUCCGAGAG